AGGUCCUCUCGGCAACGUGCUUGACCACAACUCUAGUCCUUAAACUUCAUCAUCUCACGUUUACAGCUGUGUGUGUGUGUGUGCCAAACCUCUACUACGUGUGUUUUACUUCAUCACUACAGGAUGCUUGCUGCCAUACACCGCUGCUGCCGCGCACGCACACCUGUGCUGUCGUCACUGCUGCUGCUGCUGCUGUGCGUGGUGUGCACCGCAGGCGCCAGCCCUUACACCCCAGACGAGGACACCCACACCCGCCGCUUUUUGCUGUCGUUGACGCAGGCUCUGCCCGCGCUGGCCCGUCUCUGGGACCCCUCCGUCGACUACUGCUCGUGGAAGGAAGUAUACUGCACCUCCAGCGGUGUUGGUGUGUACCUCUCCAACUGGGCCCUCUCCGGCACUCUGCCGGCACUCGAUGCAGACCUAAACGCGUCGCUGAUCCGCGUAUCGGUCCUUUCCAUCACCAACAACCCAGCGAUUGGUGGGACGCUGCCGCCCAGCUGGGGGGACCUGGCGGCACUGCAGUGGUUGUACCUCAAGAACAGCGGUAUCGCAGGCACGCUGCCGCCGCAGUGGGUGAACAUGACGAGGCUGCAGCACCUUGACGUGUCGGAUACAACCCUCUCCGGCACCCUGCCGCCCGCGUGGGAUCGGAUGGUCUCCCUCCGAAAGUUGGACCUGCGCCACACGGACCUCUCUGGCACCCUGCCGCCCACAUGGAGUGAGAUGGCCCCACUUGCAUUCCUCUAUCUGUCGAGUACACAAGUGUCGGGCACCCUGCCGCCGGAGUGGGGUCGGAUGGCCUCCCUUGGGGAGCUGAACCUCGACAACACGCGCCUGACCGGCCCCCUGCCCUCCGCGUGGAGGGAGGCACCGGCAUUAUCUUCCUUGAGCCUGAAGAAUACGAAGGUCUCUGGCACGCUGCCCUUGGAGUGGGUCACGAUGCCGUCGCUGCAUCGCCUUUGUCUGUCGGGCACCCAUAUCACCGGCACUCUCCCGGCUGCGUGGAGCAACUCCAGUGUGGUGAGCUCGCUGGACCUUUCUCACACCGCCAUCCGCGGUGCACUGCCAGCAGAGUGGGGUGCCGCACGCGGUAUUUGGUCCCUUGAUGUGUCGUACACCGCCAUCAGCGGCACACUGCCACGUGAAUGGAGCAGCCUGCCCACGCUUGGGACCUUCGAUGCGGCGCACACGGGCAUCAUCGGUACACUGCCCGCGGUCUGGUCCAACAUAUCACUGGUGAUGGCUUUCAACGUGAAUGGCACCGCUAUUUCCGGCACGCUGCCCGUGGAGUGGAAGACCUUGAGCGCCAUGAACCACUUUGACGUCGCUGGUACUUCCAUCACCGGUACGCUGCCCGUGGAGUGGAAGAACUGGACAAGGCUGUACGACUUCGAUAUCUCCGGCACCCCCAUCAGCGGCACCCUGCCUUCGCCCUGGAAAAGCAUGUACAAGAUGAGGGCGCUGAUGCUCAACGCGACGCAGCUCUCCGGCACCAUUCCGGAGUCGUGGGGCAACAUGACCGCCCUGGAGGUGGUGCGUGUCGCGGACACGCAGAUGACGGGGUGUGUGCCCAUCGCGUGGCUGUGCCGGCGGGGCCUGACGGCCGCCGACGUUGGUCUCACGCCGGCUGCGUCGGGUCGUUGCCCGAAGGCAUCCGAAAUCUGCCCCUUACGCGGCGUCGUUGCGCUUCUGCAGUGGCUGCUCACGGUGGUGGUGGUGACGUGCGGCGUGGUGGUGGUCGCCGUCAUCGUGGAUGCGUGGUGCCGGCGCAGUGCACCGGUGAUCCCCCACGGGCAGUUGGAUGCGUGGCACCACCGCAUGAAUGCGGACGAGGCACCUGUGCGGUACGCCGGUGGGCCGCGCGAGGACGCCGUCUCUGGUGUUCGUAGUGGUAAUGCGGGGUGA